AUGACAGAGAAACACCGGAGGCAGUCCCUCGUACAUGACGAGUGGAAUGAGGCGGCCAGGAAGAGGCUUCGAGUCACUCCAACCCGUGACGACUACCACGACAACCACGACCACGAUGCAAUCACCGAUUCUGCUAAAGACUUUACUAUCGCUUCCACUGCGAAGCAUGCUCGCGAGACUGUCGCACCGUUCCUCGCCAAACAUAUCCCCGCCCAGUACGCCCCUCUAGGGCAAUCCAAUGCGCCUCAACCAUCAUUCAAAGCCCGGAAAGACACCAACUCAAAGUUCUGCUAUCGCCACAGGCCUGAUAAACUCUGUCGAAGACAAGUUGAUGAACCAUCUAUGGAGAAACUGCAACAUGAUCUCGAGUCUCUCGACCAACAGGAUAGGCAAGGCAUUGUCCAAGUCUGGUCCUUAUUCUCUGCGGCGCCCUCUAAAUACCGUAACUUGAUGCUGAAGGGCAUCCUAGCACAAUGUUGCUUUCCCCAGCUAUCCUUCCUUUCGGCAAACGUUCGCGAGCUCAUUCGCAUUGACUUCCUAUCUGCUCUACCGUCUGAAGUUUCUUUUCGGAUACUAUGUUUCCUGGACACCACCUCUCUGUGCAAGGCUGCUCAAGUCUCACGGAAGUGGAGGCAAUUGGCAGAUGAUGACGUGGUUUGGCACCGCAUGUGUGAACAACAUAUCGAUCGCAAAUGUACACAGUGUGGUUGGGGUCUCCCUCUACUCGAGAGGAAAUUGCUGCGCUCAUCCAAACGCCAGAUUGAACUUCGUGCCGCUGGUAUUGCUGCAGAAGGGUUUGCGUAUACCGGAGCCGACUCUCAAGAAAGGGGACAGUCUUCAGCACCCCUCGACAACGAUAGCCUUAGCGAGGCAACUGUCGUUGAGGAUCCUCAAACCGAGGCAGCCUCUCCGAUGGUGCUCAGAAGACCUCGGUUCGGCACAUCAGAUAGCGAACAACUCAGAGCAACCCGUCCCUGGAAGGAUGUCUACAAGGACAGGUUCAAAGUCGGCACAAAUUGGAAGUAUGGUCGGUGCAGUAUCGAUAUUCUGAAAGGGCACUCUAACGGCGUAAUGACCCUACAACUAUUCGAUAACUUCUUGGCCACUGGAUCUUACGAUGCAACGAUCAAGAUAUGGAACAUUGAAACAGGUGAAGAGUUGAAAACCCUACGAGGUCAUACCAUGGGCAUUCGUUGCCUUCAAUUUGACGAGAACAAACUCAUUAGUGGAAGCCUCGACAAAUCCUUGAAAGUAUGGAAUUGGAGGACAGGCGAAUGUAUCUCCACAUUCAACGGCCAUAGUGAAGGGGUCAUUGCCCUCCAUUUCGACUCCGACAUUCUGGUCUCUGGUUCAGUCGACAACACCGCUCGGGUUUGGAAUUUCCGAGAUAAAUCGGUUUUCACCCUUCGUGGCCACACUGAUUGGAUCAAUUCCGUCAAAAUUGACUCUUCAUCUCGAACGAUUUUCACCGCAUCAGACGAUUGCACCGUCAAACUCUGGGACCUUGACAGGAAGAAAUGCAUCCACACCUUCGAAGGGCAUGUCGGGCAGGUGCAGACUGUUCUGCCACUACCAGCAGAAUUCGAAGUUGAAGAAUGCCAGGUUGAAGAUGAUGACGAAUGCUCGGAGCCAGAAAGUCCUCAUAGUCAAUCGACUACCGAGUCCACCUAUGGAGGAUUCAAGAUCAUGACAAACAGAGAACGACACAUCAACCUUUUCGCCAAUGAAUCACAUCGCCCUCAACCACCAAGGUACAUGAUCACUUCCGCACUUGACUCAACCAUUCGCCUAUGGGAUGUGCAUUCUGGUCGCUGCAUCAAGAAAUUCUUCGGCCAUGUCGAAGGGGUCUGGGCGGUCGCUGCAGAUACCCUUCGCAUCGUCUCUGGGGCUGAAGACAGAAUGGUCAAAAUUUGGGACCCCAGAACUGGAAAGUGUGAACGCACUUUCACAGGCCAUGCUGGCCCAGUUACCUGCAUUGCCCUGAGUGAGAGUCGAAUGGUCUCUGGCGGAGAAGAUGGCGAAGUUCGCGUUUACAAUUUUACUGCAUGA